CCGCAAUCCCAAAAGUAUCAUACUUAGAUGAUUCCGAUGAUGAAUUUGAAAUCGAUUUUACGAAAGAGAGCUUACACAAGCUGCAACAAGAGAAGCCUCAAUCUCUACAAGACACCAUUAGUCAAAAACCACCGAGCUCGUUUGAAGGUAUCAUAGCCAUUCAACAACAAAUGCAUGCUGAUAUAACAUGGUAUAGCACCAACUUUGAUCACAUCACCCAAUGCUGUGAAGAGCUGUUUGAUAAUCUGGAGGAAAGAAGAAGUAGCUUUAGACAAAGAGCAAGUCGAUUACAAGAAGUUCAUAGGCUCAAUAUAGAAAAAAUAAAAGAAAUCAAUGAAGAUUUAACAUCUCGUUUUGCUUCUCUUCAAAUGGCACAUGAUAAUCUUGCUAAGUCACAUGAUAACCUCAAAAAGGAACAUCAGGAGCUUCAAAAGUCAAAUGAAACACUCACAAUUUCUCAUGAGGAGCUUCAAAUGUCUCAUGACAAUCUCGAAAUUGCUCAUCAGCAGGAAGUCACUCGACACCAAAAGUCACAGGAGGAGAAUGAGAACAGACUACAACAAGUUAAUCAAAGCUUAGUUCAAACACAAACAGAACUAGCAACAAAACAAAAUGAAGUGAUCAAAUUACAAAAUACACUGCAAAAAUUAGAAAAUAAUUGGAAGGUCAGUCAUACAGAGCUAUCACUGUCAAAGAAUCAACUGGGCAAAGGAGGCUGGGGUGUAGUCUGGAUUGGAGAGUUUAGGGGACAAAAAGUUGCUGUGAAACAGAUGCACAAUAUCAUUAAAAGUGAUGAGUUUAUAAAGCUCCUUCAUCGUGAAAUAAAUACAAUGUCUCAGUUGCGUCAUCCUAAUCUCCUCCAGUUUAUAGGAGCUGUAUUAGACGAUCCAUCAGAUAAUCCUAUGAUUAUCACUGAAGUAAUGGAUACCUCAUUACGCAAUGCCUAUAAGAGUAAGGAGCUCACUCCUGACCCAGGCUGUAGACCAGUGAUCCUCUCUAUAAUGCGUGAUGUAGCUGUGGGUUUAAACUACCUACACUGUCUACCUGAUCCUAUUAUCCAUCGUGAUGUCAGCAGUGCUAAUGUACUACUGGAAUCAAAGGGAGACAAGAAAUGGAAGACAAAGAUAUCUGACUUUGGAUCGGCUAGUUUAGCUCAUGCAGCAGUCACUGAAGCACCAGGAGCUCUUGUUUACAGUGCUCCAGAAAGUAUUGCUACACUCUACAGAAAAAAAAGAAAGCAAACACCAAAGAUGGAUUCUUAUAGCUAUGGUGUUCUUUUGUGUGAAAUACUAACAUGUAGUUUUCCAGAAGUAGAAAAAUUUGAGACUCUCUCACUGCAAGUCAGAGCCAGUUCACCUCGAUUACAUCAACUCAUAGUUUUAUGUAUCAAUGAAGAACCUGACAAACGGCCAACAAUGUCAGAAAUAAUUGUCAAAUUGGAUCGUUUCAUUGCUAAUGAAGAGCAUGGACUGGUUGUAGUUGCCCCAGAAUACAUGUAUGUAAAAGAAUUAAUAGUUUAGACUUUAUUUCUUUUUCUAUUUGUUUUCUUUUUUUUGUUCCUUUUAUUUUGAAAGUGAUAAAUCUAUUAUUGUAA